AUGGACAACUCUGCCCGCACUUUGCACUCCAUAUCCCACAGCAACAUCCAAGGCUCCAACUCCAUACCAUCCUCGUCAGUCACACUAGGCUACGCACCCUCAGCGAUGACAGCCCAACCGCAGAACAUCCUACCUUCAAGUACAAACCAGACGCAGUUCGGAGCGAGCGGGCAACAACAACAGCACCAACAAAAACACAAGCAGACCACUUCUUCCACCGAGUCUGCGAUCACGGCGCCCCCGCCCCCGGCAGCUGACAUCUACCGUCACCAGGUCACCGGCUCGGGGGGUCCAUUAGCAACAGCCCCUUUCCUACGAGACUUUAGUCUCGUCGCGGAAGCCGCAAAACGGGCCCAGAUGUCUGUCGUGCUGCGGGAUCUGGAGAGCGUCACUCUAUAG